UCCUGCUAAAUUUUGGAUGUCCAAGUCAUUUGAUAGCCGAUCAAGUUCCCUUGACGCCUGGUCAUCGCGCCAGCGCCUCCCGAGUGACCAACUCGUACCCUCGCUUCCUCGACGAACCGCUUAGCCGGCCAACCCCGCGGCAGUAAGGACGCGUUCGUGCUCACGCGAAGACGCGGACCGACGCCGCGGCACGUCGAUGCCGAUUACCGACGCUUCCUUGAGGCUUGCACCCUCGUAAAUGCACCCUGCCCGGCGGCUCCGAUUCGCUAUCCACCUGGUAGCCAGGUGAGAGCGACCGCGGAUUUUGGCGUCCUCCGCAUCUUGCUCGUCUGCAUGAAGGACUCGAGCUUCGGUGCCUCGAAAGGAUGAGGCGGCUCGACGACGGCCAUGUUCAACGACCGCCUCCGUUCAGGGUGCUCGCGGCAUCCGAUGGCAAUUACCUGUCACCGAACGCGAUUCCGCCACCGCCGCCGCGUGCACCCGAGCCGUAUAAGAUCGCGCCCUCCACCACGUCCUCCUCGAGGGCGCAUCGUCGAUCCAGCUUCGUUAUCAUCGCGGACUCGAGGCCCGUUUCCCCGGAGGCGAGGAGUCCAUCGCCGCCGUUGGCCACUGGCAGGGUCUCGCCCUUUCGAGGACGUGGCUUUAAAGGACCACCGCCGCGAUCUAAGUCCAGGCCGCAGUCUCCGGAACUUACGAAUGGUCGUAGAAGAGGAAAAAACGAACGACGAGUUUCAGUGUCGCAACAGAACAGCCCAAGAAGAAGCCUGAUCCCGCAACCAACGCGUCAGCGUUCGACGUCUCUGAGCAAAUCAACGGAGCGCCUUGCCUCGCCGAAGCUGGGUCGUCGCGUCGAUUCGCGCACUCGCUUCAAUACGACGGAUUCCAGGAAUCGUUUGAACGCCUCUGGGAACAGUAGCAGCGUGGCGAACCUCGCUACCCGUCGACAAGCCUCGAAAACAGUCAGCAAGCUCUCCCCGAUCCAAGGAACUCCGACGAAACCGGAGAAAACGCCACAAUUUAAGAAAAGGGAUCGUUCGAAGGAAUCCACGAGAUUGUCGCCGGCGAAGCAGCAGAAAUUUGCCGCGUCUCCAUCGAGGAAUGCUUGGAACGCGAAGAAACAAACGCACGAGAAGGUUUCCGUUCCAGGAAAAACGCAAGGCAAGGAACGAGUGGUAUCACCGUCGAAGAUUCCGCUGAAAACGAACAGAGCCAGCUCGAAUGUCUUGAAUCCAGCCAGAUUCAUCAAUAUCCCUAAUCAAGCUAAUGGCAAAAAUAAAAAGGCUAUCGAUAAAGGGUCCAAGGAAGUUCGUAUAAGCAACGGGCAGACGAACGAGUCCACUCAAGGCAGUAAACAGUCUGACUCAGGAUCGAAAGGUUCUCAAGCUAACGAGAAGAAUUCGAGCACGGAACAGUUAGCUGAUCUGCAUCUUAUUGAUCUUUUAAAGCAAACUUCUAGCGCUACAGGUACGUCUAGCGUGGUGAACACAACAGCGACGACGGCUGUUCAGCCGCUUCACAUCGACGCCAAUGCUGUUCUUAUGGAUAGAGAGAUUUCCGAAAGGAAAAGUCAGUCUGAGAAGACGAAGAGCCAGUCUGAAAAGACAAAGAGCCAACAAGACCUGUCUAAUAGCAAAUCUUCCAAUUCAUCGAACGACGAAAACGUUGGCAAACAAGUCCAAAAUUCUCAAGUUGCUAGUAGCGAGGAUAAUCGUCAGAUGUCCAAAUCGAAUAAAUCUAAUGGCAACCAUGGUCGAACAAAGGGUGGAACAGAGAGUAGAAACGAUUCGCCAGUUCCUACCGAAAAUGUUAGCGGUCACUCGAAGAGUAACAGUACCAGUCAUUCGGUGAAAAGCAUAAACAGGGUGAUCAGUGCUACGAACAACACCGGUUCGGCGACGCAGCGUUCGAAUAAGAUUCAGAAUGCGGUCAGCGAUCAGAAUACGAAGAAUUUCAGGCCGAACGAUCAGAAGAUCGACGAAUCUGUCUCCUUUCAACCCGCGUCAAGCAACGUCCAAUCAAAUUCAACUAAAGCCAACGAGAUUGAAUCGGUAAACGGUUCCAUCAGAAAUUCUUCGGGUGCAGAGACUCAAAGGACAGCAGUUUCCGUCGCGAGUGCUUCUGUGAGACAGGAAGACGCGAGGACGAUUUCGCGGUCCACUAAUAAUUCUGGAACGAAGAUCGUAACGAAUGCAACUACGGUAACCGUGAGAAGUACUUCCGACCAAUCGACGAUAGCCUCGAGGGCGAACAACGUGUCCAACGUGGUUGGUGCGGUGAGCAACGACGCGAGAAAUGUAAAUAGCGCCGGGAUGAAAGCUCGUACUGAUAAUCAUGGAAGUGGUACGUCCGUAAAAUCGUCCGCGAGGGUGUCGAUCGAUUCCAUCGAGACCGUUCGAUCUACGGACACCGGGGUGAGCGUGGACACCGUCAGAGGAGUAUCAUCGCCGAGGGAGAAAACUGGAAUGCACGUGGUGAAAAGGCCGCAGGAGAUCGAGACGUUAAGUGGGAACGUGGUGUACUUGGAGCAAAACGGCGAGCCAGCGGUACUGGCAGCGGCGAACGGCGUUGGUGAACGUGCCCCUGACAGGCUUCUUACACGCUGGAAGAGAUCCCUGAGUCGUUGCUGCGAGUGUUGUCCGAGAAUGAGGUGCUUGGCGUGUCGUACGGAUCCCAAGGGUCUUACCUGGCCCGGAAACCACGCCAGGAGCACUACGUUAGUGAACAGGAACGAGCAACCCCUGGCAAGGGACAAUGUGCCUGCUGGUUGUUGGCCUAAAUUCAAGAAUAGAUGCAGAUGCAAACGACUGAAGGAAAUGAAAUGUUGCUCAAAAAGAUCAAGAGUCGCGCCGGCCGAGGCUACAGUCUGCUGUCCCCCGGAAAGAAGAUUCGGCGCUAUUUGCCGCCGUUUGUUCGGCAACUGCAAAUGCAAGCGGAACGCUGAUGCAGAACACGCAAGAAACAUACGUGCCAAGCACAGUCUUACCAGCGUAGCACCGCCCCCGUUAUCGGAGGAACCAAAAGCUAAAAUACCGGAUGUCCUGGUGGAGCACAAUUCCCUGAUGCGUGGCGCUAUUCCUUGUCUGCCAGUUCCUCUUGCUUGGUUUUGUCUCGUGUGGAACGUUCUACUGCCUGGCUCUGGCACGGUAUGGAGUGGGAUUUUCAAUUUGUGCGCCGGGCAACCGAGAUUCUCAGCGGUAGCUGGAGUGAAGUCGAGACUAGGCGCGUUCGUUGUGAACCUGAUGGUCGGGGUGGGUCAAUUAUUCACCGUUUUAUUCUGCCUAGUUGGGUGGGGCUGGAGCAUUUGGUGGGGCGUCACUUUGGUCCGUUUAGCGAGGAAGUACAAGAGGUUCAAGGCUUCCGAAGCAGCCAACAACGAUCCGGAAGCGAGGGGUGGAGAAGCAGCGGCUCUGCCCCCCGGUGUACCGAGUCAUGUGUUGAGAGGGGUGGAACGGGCGCGAUAACCGAAGUCCUCGCCAACGGAUUCCGCGGGAACGUUUUUAUAUUUCGUCUUAGCGAUUCUUCACUACGUGCCUUCCCGAAAGCUGCGAACAGAAAACGAAACUUUUUUUCGCUUGGUGGACUCGUACGCUAAGGAUCCGUUUGAAACAAAAGAGAAGAAAAAAAUAGAAAAGCGAAGAAUUUUUUCCACGGUCCAUAGAUUAUUGUACUUUUACCAAAUCGUAAGAAAUACAUCGGACGACGCAUGUAGCUUUGUUUCGCGGUAAAUGAAAUUCGAGGCAAUUUUCUCGUCGAAAAAUUAAUUCGCGAAAGGAGAAUAACAUUGGUACAGAAACAUAAAAAUGGAAAAGAAAACACAGAGAAGAAAUAAAAAACGACGUUACGUGGUUGUUCGCGAUCGAGGAACGAAACGAAGUUCUCGGAAAUUAAUCGCUUUCAGUGAAAGCAUACCUAUUCGUGGCGUUCUUUCAAAAUGUACUCGUUGCGUCGAACGGAAAUUGCUUUUUAUUUUCGCUCGUCCUUUCUUCCGUACUCACAGCGACGAUACAGCGUUUUUAGUCUUUUCUUUUUUUCUUUUUCUCCAUUUAUUGUAUUUUUAUUCCGAAAUGAGAACGUCGAACAAACGUUUCGCGGUAGAAAUCAAAGAAGAAAGACAAAGCAUAUGACCUUACUCUCUCUCUCUCUCUCUCUUUCUCUUCCUCUCUCUCUCUCAGUCUCGUUCAAAGGUAUUUUUCUUCCCUACGUCGAUGGAAUAAAUACGUUUUGAAAAAACGCACUUUAUAUUUUUACAAGCGCAACACAUAUUAUAUGUAUACAUACAUUCAUAUAUUCAACUAUCCGACUUAUUCAACUUACAACUAAAAAUCCUUGUAAAUAUGAAAAUAUAUUACUUACAUCGGUUUUUAAUCUAA